AUGUUUACACCGAGAGCAGCUUCUCCGGCACUCUGGGAACCCACUGAUCCCUGUAGAGAUCCACAGGAGGCUCCAGAGGAGGCUCCAGAGGAGGCCACAGGAGACGCAGAGGCUCCAGAGGAGGCCACAGGAGACGCAGAGGCUCCAGAGGAGGCUCCAGAGGAGGCUCCAGAGGAGGCUCCAGAGGAGGCCACAGGAGACGCAGAGGCUCCAGAGGAGGCCACAGGAGACGCAGAGGCUCCAGAGGAGGCUCCAGAGGAGGCUCCAGAGGAGGCCACAGGAGACGCAGAGGCUCCAGAGGAGGCCACAGGAGACGCAGAGGCUCCAGAGGAGGCUCCAGAGGAGGCUCCAGAGGAGGCCACAGGAGACGCAGAGGCUCCAGAGGAGGCCACAGGAGACGCAGAGGCUCCAGAGGAGGCUCCAGAGGAGGCUCCAGAGGAGGCCACAGGAGACGCAGAGGCUCCAGAGGCGGCUCCAGAGGCGGCUCCAGAGGAGGCUCCAGAGGAGGCUCCAGAGGAGGCCACAGGAGACACAGAGGCUCCAGAGGAGGCUCCAGAGGAGGCUCCAGAGGAGGCCACAGGAGACGCAGAGGCUCCAGAGGAGGCUCCAGAGGAGGCUCCAGAGGAGGCUCCAGAGGAGGCCACAGGAGACGCAGAGGCUCCAGAGGAGGCUCCAGGAGGCUCCAGAGGAGGCCACAGGAGACGCAGAGGCUCCAGAGGAGGCCACAGGAGACACAGAGGCUCCAGAGGAGGCUCCAGAGGAGGCUCCAGAGGAGGCUCCAGAGGAGGCCACAGGAGACGCAGAGGCUCCAGAGGAGGCUCCAGAGGAGGCUCCAGAGGAGGCCACAGGAGACGCAGAGGCUCCAGAGGAGGCUCCAGAGGAGGCUCCAGAGGAGGCCACAGGAGACGCAGAGGCUCCAGAGGAGGCUCCAGAGGAGGCCACAGGAACAAAGGGAACUUUACCUCCAUCAUCAUGAGAAACGCUCCAUCUCUAACUUUACUUCCAUCUGAUGUGGCCCGCCAUCAGAGGAAUACAGACAAUGUGGUCCAUUGUGUUUCUCUGAGACGUGGCAGUCUGGGAAUGUCCCGGACUCUGUGGUCGCUCUGA